UUAAUCCUCAAAGGAUUCACAGAGCCGGCUGAAUGCAGCUGCCGUGUUUUCCCUGGUUAAAUUGGCAGUUACCCACUGUGUAGAGUUGCUAGGAGAAGAUGAAUAACCAUGAUUACAGCAUCUCUUGAUGGACACGCUCUCUCAAUAACAACCUGUGGAGCUCUGGGGUCUGUCUUCUGAGCGGCUCGAUGUGUGACUUUUCUCCGUGUUUGCCGUUAAUAUUAUCUGCAUUAAUUCAGGAAGCAUGCUAUAUUUUUUUUUUAAGUGUCGCUUCCAGAUCAAUUAAGAGACAAAAGCCUUGAUAUUUAAACAGGCACUUUCUUCUCAGGGUGGUGCUGCUGGUACUGCUUCCCACCAUCUGGUUUCUUAUUACAUCCUGCCCUGCUUCAGCUGCUAGAGAGGAAUUCAGCUUCUCCUGGAGCGCGAAAGUCAUUCACGUUUCUUUCGUGCAUAAUUGAGCUCGUAAACUGUAGCGAUUCUGAUGUGCUUCUGUGCACGGAACAGUAGCAGAUGAGCUGCUUGGAGGAUAGCCUGAACAGUCGGAACAUCAUCAUGGGCUCUACAGAUACGGACAUCGAAGAACUGGAAAACGCCACUUACAAGUAUCUCAUUGGAGAACAGACCGAGAAGAUGUGGCAACGCCUGAAAGGAAUACUAAGAUGCUUAGUGAAGCAGCUGGAGAAAGGUGAUGUCAACGUUGUCGACCUAAAGAAGAAUAUCGAAUAUGCGGCAUCUGUACUGGAAGCUGUUUACAUCGACGAGACAAGGAGGCUUCUGGAUACUGAGGAUGAGCUCAGCGACAUUCAGACCGACUCGGUUCCAUCGGAAGUCCGGGACUGGUUGGCUUCAACCUUUACACGGAAAAUGGGGAUGACGAAAAAGAAACCCGAGGAAAAACCAAAGUUUCGCAGCAUUGUCCACGCUGUCCAGGCUGGGAUUUUUGUGGAAAGGAUGUACAGGAAGAACUAUCACAUGGUUGGUUUGACAUAUCCUGCAGCUGUCAUAGUGACACUCAAGGAAGUUGAUAAAUGGUCUUUUGAUGUAUUUGCCUUAAAUGAAGCAAGCGGGGAGCAUAGUCUGAAGUUUAUGAUUUAUGAACUAUUUACCAGAUAUGAUCUUAUCAACCGCUUCAAGAUUCCUGUUUCUUGCCUAAUUGCCUUUGCAGAAGCUUUAGAAGUUGGUUACAGCAAGCACAAAAAUCCGUAUCAUAAUUUGGUCCAUGCAGCUGAUGUCACUCAAACUGUGCAUUACAUAAUGCUUCAUACAGGUAUCAUGCACUGGCUCACUGAACUGGAAAUUUUAGCCAUGGUCUUUGCAGCUGCCAUUCAUGACUAUGAGCACACAGGAACUACAAACAACUUCCAUAUUCAGACGAGGUCAGACGUUGCCAUUCUGUACAACGACCGCUCAGUUCUUGAGAAUCACCAUGUCAGCGCAGCCUACAGACUUAUGCAAGAGGAGGAAAUGAAUAUUUUGGUGAAUUUAUCUAAAGAUGACUGGAGGGAUCUUCGGAACUUAGUGAUUGAAAUGGUCUUAGCAACAGACAUGUCGGGCCAUUUCCAGCAAAUUAAAAACAUAAGAAGCAGCUUGCAGCAGCCUGAGGGGAUUGACAGAGCCAAAACGAUGUCCCUGAUACUCCACGCAGCCGACAUCAGCCACCCAGCCAAAACAUGGAAUUUGCACUACAGGUGGACCAUGGCCUUAAUGGAGGAGUUUUUCCUGCAGGGAGACAAAGAAGCUGAAUUAGGGCUUCCGUUUUCUCCACUUUGUGAUCGGAAGUCAACGAUGGUUGCCCAGUCUCAAAUAGGUUUCAUUGAUUUCAUAGUGGAGCCAACGUUUUCUCUCCUGACAGACUCGACAGAGAAAAUUGUUAUUCCUCUUAUAGAGGAAGCUUCAAAACCAGAGUCUUCUAACUAUGGGGCAAGCAGCUCGUCCACCAUGAUUGGGUUCCAUGUUGCUGACGCUCUGAGGCGGUCAAAUACAAAAGGCUGCACGAGUGAUGGGACCUAUGCCCCAGACUACUCUCUGUCAGCUGUGGACCUGAAGAGCUUCAAAAACAACCUGGUGGACAUCAUUCAGCAGAACAAGGAGAGGUGGAAAGAGUUGGCUGCCCAAGGCGAACUCGAUCUUCAUAAGAACUCAGAAGACUUAGAAGAAAAGCAUGCUGACACACAUCCAUAGGUGUGAACGAACUUUAAGAGUUUAGUUGUUUUAAACACAAGAGGAAAAUGAAAGCAGCAUGAAAAACAUGCAAAGACCUUGAUUUUUCUACAAAAAAUAUGUU